AAACGCAGAGCUGCAGGAUGAAAUUCAGAAUAGUUGUAGGAUCUGAACUUUUCCUGAAUUCAAACAUGUUUGGUCAGCGAACCCAAGAAGCACAGCACCGUCUGAAAAUUCACAUGGAACAAGACACUCGCAGUUGGCACGCUCCCGAUUUCAGUUUCAUGCUUUCAGCACACGAUCCGGCACAAUGCGAAUGGCGAGGCCCAUCGGAUCGCACCCUGGAAUCGCAGACGCCGAUGAGCCACUGAGUCGGUGACCCCAACAUCCCGUGUCAGCGACCCAAUUCGUCCACCCCGGCCUUCUCCCGCCGCCGCCCCCGGCGGCCGGCCGCCGCAGCCUGCCUAUGAGCAUCCAACUCUCAUCCCGCCUACCGAGCCUCCUCAAGGACUGCGCCAGCAAGCGGCAGUUCGACCAGAUCCAUGGCCUGUUCGUCACCUCUCCCUCCCUCCGCCGCCUCCUCCCUGGCCUCCCGGCGCUGCUCGUCCGCCGCGCCACCGAGCUCGGCGACACGGCCCACGCGGACUUGCUCUUCUCCUCGUUCCGGGAGACCGAGCCCACCGGUCCCGGCGCGGUCGCGCUCUACAACGCCAUGAUCCGGGGGUGCGCUUACCACGGGCCCCACGAGGGCGCGCUCGAGCUGUUCGCCGAAAUGCCGCGCCGUGCCCGUGGGGAGGGCCUCGCCCCGGACAGCUUCACCUACCCGCACGUUGUGGACGCGUGCGCGAGGCUGCGGAUGUGGCGGGCCGCCGAGGCGGUGCACUGCCGCGUGCUCAAGGAGGGGCUCGCCGCCGUGCCAGCCGUCAGCAGCUCGCUGCUCGCGUUCUACGUCGCCCGCGGGUCGCUGGGUGACGCCCGGCGGGUGUUCGACGGCUUCCGUGACAAGUCCAUCGGCCUCUCCAACCGGAUGGUGUCGGUGUACGUCAGGGCCGGAGACGUGACGAGCGCGCGGGAGGUGUUCGACGCGAUGGAGACCAGGGACGUCGUGUCCUGGAACGCGAUGCUCACCGCGUACGUCAGGACGGCGGACAUCGUGGCGGCCAAGGAGCUGUUCGCGGCGAUGCCGGUGAAGAACGUCAUAUCGUGGACGACGAUGAUCAGGGCGCUGUCUGACGCGGGGGAUUUUGCCGGCAUGAGGGGACUGUUCGACCGGAUGCCUGAGAGGAACCUGGUGUCAUGGAACUGCAUCCUCUCGAGUUACACCAGGCACGGAAGAUUCUGGCAGGCGCUCCAGAUGUUUCCCCGGAUGCUGCUUGAAGGUCUCAACCCAGACAGCUUCACCGUCGUCUCGGUUCUCUCGGCUUGCGAGAACUUGAGGAAGCUGAGGCUCGGCAGAUGGAUCCAUGCAAACCUAGUGACUCCGGCGCUCCAGGUCCAUGCUGAGGUUGGAACAGCCUUGGUGGAGAUGUACGCCAUGUGCGGCGAUGUGGCCCGGGCAUUCGUUGUCUUCCUCAAGAUGUACAGCAAGGAUGUCUUCUCGUGGAACGUUAUGAUCAGAGCCCUCGCUGUGCAUAGACGAGCUGACGACGCGCUCAGGCUGUUUGGUGUCAUGAGGAAACAAGGGUUCGGGCCCAACCAUUUCACCUUCAUGGGCGUCCUGCUGGCGUGCAGCGGCCAUGUCGACGAAGCCGUGACCGUGCUGCAGGGCAUGCCUUGUCGACCUGAUUCUGACGUCUGGAGGGCGCUGCUUGGCGGGUGUAGGAUUGAAGCUGACCUCGGAUCAGCCAAGGAGGCGAUAGCAGAUGGGCAUGUUUGGAUUCCUUGCCGAGUACUGUAUCGCCUCACCGAGCUAGACAUCCAAACUGGCGGCAUGUUCCACAAGAGAGCCAAAUCGGCUCUCCCGGGUCGGCAAGAAUCUCGGGGCCUGUGCCAUCCGGGUGAGACGAGGCGAGGGAACCUUGCGAAAGUUCCAAGCACGCCCGUAGUGGAGUCAGCUGGUAAUGAGAUGUGUGUGUCAUUGACAUGAACUCAGAUGCUGUGUAUGACAACCUUGAUUUGACUGUCGAAUAAGCUGACUCUUUUGGUUUUCUUGGGUCCGGUUUUGACUCUUUUUGUUUUGACUGAAAUAUGAAAACUCACAGGAAGUUUUCAUGGUUCGUUCCUGAAGGCUUGCAAUGGCAAGUGCGUAGGCAAGGUCGCAAAGAGAGAAAUGUGGCUUUGCAGUGCCAAAUUGGGCUGCUGCUUGCCUGCUUGUACUUGGGAAACACAAGUUAGGCCUUGUUUAGUUCGCAAAAAUUUUCAAGAUUCUUCGUCA